AUGAGCAGAGAGCAGAGAGGUGAAGAGAGAGGAGAAGUCACCAUGGGCAAACAUCAGUACCAUUUUCUUCUGUGCAGGCUUAGUCAUCCAACUGGAGGCAGACUGGAGAUGAAGAUAAAGAUAGGGGAAAUGAGAAAGAAAAGUCAAUCUUAAAUCGGUUAUCUGUGUAAACAAAUUGACCAAGGUGUAGUCACUGAGUCCACCCAGGAAGUUAUGAUGUGUAUUUAGCUAGAUUCCAUUCCAGAUGCAUGCGUUGGGGAGGACUCCUGCUUUGACCUUGCUGGUCUUUACUGAUAUUUUGAUGUCUGGGUCAUGUUGUGUGGAUAGGAAUCAACCAACGCAGACAGGUUCAUUUAUGAUACAAGACACUACAGUGUCUGUACAGAUGGGUAUAAAGGCUCUGCUCUGCUGCCCUUCUGUUUCACUGACAAAAGCAGUAUUAAUAACAUGGAUAAUAACCCCCAGAGGAUGGCCUUCCUGCAUAAUAGCCUACAGAGUAGAAACAAGGGAGACCAAUGAAACCACCUGUAGGAACAGGAGCAUCACCUGGGCCUCCACACCUGACCACAGUCCUGACCUUCAGAUCAGUGCAGUGGCCCUCCAGCAUGAGGGGCAUUACUCAUGUGAGAUAGUAACACCUGAAGGGAAUUACCUAAAAUUCUCUGACCUCCAAGUGCUGGUCCCCCCUGAAGUAACCUACUUUCUAGGGAAAAAUAGAACUACAGUUUGUGAGGCAAUUGCAGGCAAGCCUGCUGCACAGAUCUCUUGGACUCCAGAUGGGGAUUGUGUCACUAAGAAUGAAUCACACAGAAAUGGCACUGUGACUGUCAGGAGCACAUGCCACUGGGAGCACAACAAUGUGUUUGCUGUGUCCUGUUUUGUCUCUCAUUCUGCUGGUAACCAGACUCUGUUCAUAGAACUGAAUCAAGGUACCACCAGCACCCCAUCUUCCUUGCUGACCAUUCUCUAUGUGAAAAUGGCCCUUUUUGGGAUUAUUAUUCUCAUCGUAGGAUUUACUUUCCUCAAGAAGAGAAAUUAUACCAGAACAUGAAUAUCCAUAUUUCUGGAAGUCCAUUAUUCUGAGGAUACAAUACAAGAAAACAGCCAUUUGCAAUCAACUUUCUCUUUGAAAUCCAGAUUACCUGUCUUUGCUGUCUUCAUGUUUGUUAGAGUUCAUCUCACAGUUGGCAGUCAUACAGUAUGACCAUAUAGGCAAAAGCUUAGUGCUUACCAUCAAACAUGCCCUGAAUGACCCAUCUACUCUCUCCGUUCUCUACUUCUCAGGCCACAGGAAAAAAAAUGGCUUAGGAAAAAGUGAAUAAGAGUUCUGGGUGAAUUUUCUUCACUUAAGUCCCCCAGGAGUGGCUUCCAUAAACUUCUUGUUCCUAGGCUCGUUUUAGAUGAUUAUCAAAGUUGCAUUGUCAGUACAAUGACCAGCAACAUCUUCAAGUCAGCCACCAGCUGCUGGCCUUCUUUCCUUGCUUGCUUUCUAGCAAGUAAUAUGACAGUUGCCUUUUGUAUUAAUCAUUGAAUACAUAACUAAGAUUUAUUUUCAAAAAUCAGUAUCUCUGUACUUUAGGGAAUGUUAACAGUUUUAUCCCAGAGAAGUCACUGUCUGUAUCAUGGGGAUAACACUGAGAUUCCACUUACUGUUUAAAGUCCUAGUGUCUAAAUUCCAUUUGCAGUCUGCAUUCUGCCUUAUAGGGGGUGGGAUGAAAUCAUCAAGGGUAAGGGUAAGACACUGGUGAACUGUAACAACUGUAAACUGAGACCUUGUCUUCACUGGAUACACAUAGUAUUGCUAUAAUAAGAGUAUGUUUUUAGCUAAAAGAAUUAUAUCUUAGAUAAAGUGAUUGGGGCUAUUUUAUUUUUAGUGAAAGUCUAUGGAGAACAUGAGUGCCCAAUAUUAGAAGAUGCCAGGAUGAUAGCUGGUGGUGGUAAUUGAAAGGUUAAUUCAGCGCAUGUCAUACUGUAAUGUAGUGGAUGAUGUCAGUGUAGUUGAUAAAAGUGUGUUGCUCUAUGAUACUCUUUUAUUCUAUGAUCCUGUUUUCAGAGUAGUUUCUACUCAGGUGGUGGCUACGGAGAGUAGAGGAUUAUAUGUGGGAUAAAUAUGGACCAAGCCUGGAGUAGGAAACAUAUCUGCGCAGAUUCAACUGACUAAUACUUAGUCAUAUGAUCACCAUAGUCAGCUUUUCCUUAGACACCUGAGCAAGCUCAAUCAAGUUCAUCAGACAAGAGUCUGUGUUGGAGCCUCCUGGCCUGCAGUGUGUUGAAAUGAGACAGAGUAGGACUCUGGUGUGUCUUUAAAUACUGAUGGUCUCUGGAUGUUCUAGCUUUGUAACUAUACUGAAUACUGAUGAUAACUUCGAAAAGUCCUAAAAACUUUCCUGCUCAUUCUGAGGGUUAAAAGCUAUUGUCUUUAUCUAAGGUUCCUCUGUUUGAGUCCUGAGAGUCUGUUACCUCCCAGUUGUCUGGAACAUUCUAUAGGGUCCCCCAACUCCUACCUCUUGAGUUUGCCUGUUUCCCUUCUUUCUGCUGAUCCUAAUGGCUUCAGUCCUGCUUCCAAGGCCCCCCAAUACCUGAUCGUGUACCCCUUUUCUCCUCCCAAUCCCUUCUCCUACUCAGGUCUCUUCCUCCUUCUGCCUACAAUGAUUGCCUUUUGCUUUCUCCCAAGUGGGAUUGAGGCAUCCUCACUUGGGUCCUUCAGCUUGUUAUCUUUCUUGAGUUCUGUGGAUUAUAUCCUUGGUAUUCUGUGCUUUUUUGGCUAAUACACACUUAUUAGUGAGUUCAUCCCAUGCGUGUCUUUUUAUGUCUGAUUUACCUAACUCAGAAUGAUAUUUUCUAGUUCCAUUCAUUUACUUGCACAACUCAUGAUGUUUUGGUUCUUAAUAGUUGAGUAGUAUUCCAUUGUGUAAAUGAACCACAUUUUCUGUAUCCAUUCUUCUGUUAUGGGACAUCUGGGUUGUUUCCAGUUUCUCACCAUUGAAAAUAAGGCUGUUAUGAACAUUUACAUACAUCAUAUUAUAUAAAGCAUAUACUAUA